AUGUAUUUCCUGGAACAAAUUAAUCACAUGAAUGAGGACCUUCGAGAACCAAAAGAACAACUGAAGCAACUUAAGGAACUGGACCUUUUCGUUUUGGACAAUUCCCUCCGAGAAAGCACUGUAGGACAGCUCCGUGGCCAUACUGUCGAAAACAAAUGGAAAAUAUACAAUGAGGUGAGCCAGUCCCAUCUGAAUAUUCCUUAUGAUUACUCUAUAUAGUGAAUAAAAUUCCUACACUGGAAGAGUAUGAUAUGGUGUUCGUUUGGCUAAGAACUUCAACUUAAUCUGUUUCUUUUCUUCUCCUCCCCCUCCAUUUCGUUAGUUUUCUGAAUCUGCCUCUUCCUCCUCCUCCUCUUGCCUUUCCUUUUUGUCUUCUUUCUUCUACACUUUUCUUCUUCUCCUCUUGUUACUCCACGUUCUGCUUCAUCUUCUCCUGAGUUCUGCUCUUUUUGACCUUUUUGCUCCUCUCAUCUUCCUCCCUCCGCUUCCUUGCCCUCUCUCCUCCCCCUACCCCCUCUUCAUGUCUCCCACUCUUCACUUCUUCCUUCCCCAUCCUUCUUGUUCAUCUUUUCCUCCAUUUCCUUCUCUUUCUCUUUCUUCUGCAUCUGUUUCUUCUUCGUCUCCACCAGUCACCAAUCGAUCUCCUUCUGUUUUUCCAUAUUCUUCUCCUCCUCUCUCUUCUGUCACUCUUGCCCACUAAUUCUUCCCACCCUUCUCCCAGAAACUAACCUUACAAAAAAUAUAUAUAUCUAUAGGAACGCCCUAACUUCCCAUUUUUUGUUUCGUUAUUAUUCAUCUAUAGGUGAAAAAAGUAGGCUUCCAGAAUAUCAUCGUCGCAUCGUUUCACCACAUGACCCGCCUGGGGGACACAUUCUGUCGUCAACUUAAAGAAAAAGGAGAAGACUUCAGUAAAUUUUUUGCCUUCACAGAGUUCAUUGAAUCUGUCGACAAAGAUAGAGCUCCCGAUACAGUAACUGUUCCCAUUGGUUUAAAAAAGAUGAAAGAGUAUGGCAUCAAACAUGCCAUUAUUGAGGUUGACUUAGUCUACUCUGGCAUCGACUACAAAAAGUUUCUUCCUGAAGAUAUCAACAACCUUCUUUCUGAUCGAAUGAGGUGGGUUCGAGAAAAUCUUUCCAAGGAUUCCCGCAUACUUAUCAACCUACGAGACUUUCCAGAGAGUAUGCUGAAGAAGCCUGAACGAAUUUUCCAAGUGGUCCAUUACUUGUCCUCUUUGCCCCCAAGUGAGCAUCCCUUUGGGUUGAUGUACGAAGAACCAACUGGCAAGUCCAUGCCACAUGAACUCGCUGCCUGGACGGCGGCGGUUCGUAGAGAGAUGGACGAUUGUUGUUGGAAGGACGGUAAGCUAUUGGUGCAUGUCCACGAGCAAUGGGGAAUGGCUGACUGCACCGUGUUGGAGUGUCUUGCCAGGGGAGCAGAUGGUAUAUGGGCUAGUUUGAUUAAAGAAGGCGCCUUCGUCGGUCAUGCUUCCUCUAGCGUGACCAUAAUGAACUUGGUCCGUCUUGGGAAUGAAAAGGUUUUGCGACAGUUUAACUGUACAUACCUUCGUAAAGCCGCUCAAGAGAUCACUAGGAUCACAACUGGGUUUGAACCUCAUCCAACGCAGAUUGUGUAUGGUGAGAGAGCCCUUGAUAUGGUUCUCGGAGUUCCCCAGUUGCAGCCAGACAAGCAAGAAUUUGAUGUUGCCAAGUUCUUUGGAGAAGAGCCCCCAAUACGAAUUACUACCGUGGCCACACCUAAAAUGAUCGUUGAAAGACUAAAACAUUUGUUCGGAGAGGAUCCACAGUUCACGGAGGAAAUAGGCAUGAGAAUGAAAGAGGUCAUGCUGGAAGAUCUGCACAUCAACAGGAAAGAGGAAUACAUGAGCGCAGUUGGUCUUGCAGUUCUAUUUGACCGGUCUGGUGGCCAAAUAACCGCCAAGAUGAGCGACGUGAUUGCAGCAGAAGUCCCAAACGAGGCUCACGCUCGAAGACUGAUCAACGAAAUACGACAAAUGUGGGAUGAGUGGGAUCUUAGAGAGGAAUCCAAAGGAGAUGACGAGCUUGAGUUCGAUUCAUUUUACAACGGCUUCAUGGCGCCCUACUUCGGCUGCUUUAGGUGCGAUGACACAAGACGCGCGCUGAAGGCGAUUGAUAUGGAUGAAGACGGCAGAGUGGAUUGGAAUGAGUUUGCACUCUACCUCAAAUGGGCCAUUCGUCAGUAUCCUCAGACAAAGACCGCAGAGGAGCUCCUUUCCAUUGCUUUUCGCAAGGGCAUCAUUCCAGCCAUGCAGGACGUGGUCAUCUUGCAAAACACGGAAAAAAGAAUCAUUCCCGAAAGACCUAGACAAAAACAAAAGGUUAAAAAGACCCCUGAAAGGAUUUCUAGUUUGAUAUGCACCAUAACUUAG